GUCCGGGGUCUUCUGGGACACGUGACAGGUCCGCAGUCUCUUGGUCAUCCCCUGUACUGUCUGCAGUCUCUUGUCAUCCCUUGUACUGCCUGUAGUCUCUGGUCAUCCCCUGUACUGUCUGUAGUCUGGUCAUCCCCUGUACUGUCAUCUCUCUGGUCAUCUGUACUGUGUUCGCAGUCUCUGGUCAUCACCUGUACUGUCUGCAGUCUCUUGGUCAUCCCCUGUACUGUCUGCAGUCUCUGUCAUCCCCUGUACUGUCUGCAGUCUCUGGUCAUCCCCUGUACUGUCUGCAGUCUCUGGUCAUCCCCUGUACUGUCUGCAGUCUCUUGGUCAUCCCUUGUACUGUCUGCAGUCUCUUGGUCAUCCCAUAUACUGUCUGCAGUCUCGAUUCAUCUGUACUGUGUCCGCAGCCUCUGGUCAUCCCCUGUACUAUGUCCGCAAUCUCUGGUCAUCCCCUGUACUGUCUGCAUUCUCUGGUCAUCCCCUGUACUGUGUCUGCAGUCUCUGGUCAUCCCCUGUACUAUGUCCACAGUCUCUGGUCAUCUCCUG